AUGCUGUCUCGUGUGGGUCUUACCGCCAUGCGCGGCGCUCGCUCGAUGGCGACUGACGCCAAGAAGGUCACGGGCUCGGUCGGCCAGAUCACGCAGAUCAUUGGUGCCGUCGUUGACGUGCAGUUCAAGGACAACUUGCCGCCCAUUCUUAACGCCCUGGAGAUUAAGACCCAGGACAACACGCGCAUCGUGCUCGAGGUCGCUCAGCACCUGGGUGAGAACACGGUCCGUACCAUCGCUAUGGAGGGCACGGACGGUCUCGUGCGUGGCCAGGAGUGCGUUGACACCGGCAACCCCAUCAUGGUUCCAGUGGGUCCGGAGACGCUCGGCCGUAUCAUGAACGUUAUCGGUGAGUCCGUGGACGAGCGUGGUCCCAUCAACGCCAAGCGUCACGCCCCCAUCCACACGUCGGCUCCUCUGCUGACGGAGCAGGGCUCUGGUGCUGAGAUCCUGGUGACGGGCAUGAAGGUCGUUGACCUGCUGGCCCCUUACGCCAAGGGUGGUAAGAUUGGUCUCUUCGGUGGUGCCGGUGUCGGUAAGACGGUCGUUAUCAUGGAGCUGAUUAACAACGUUGCCAACAACCACGGUGAUCAACGACGACGGCACGACCACGGCUCCAAGGCCGCUCUGGUGUACGGCCAGAUGAACGAGCCCCCUGGAGCUCGUGCCCGUGUGGGUCUGACUGGUCUGACUGUCGCCGAGUACUUCCGUGACGUUGAGGGCCAGGAUGUGCUUCUCUUCGUCGACAACAUCUUCCGUUUCACCCAGGCGUGUUCGGAGGUGUCGGCUCUGCUGGGUCGUAUCCCGUCUGCUGUGGGUUACCAGCCUACGCUGGCCACGGAUCUGGGUGCUCUGCAGGAGCGUAUUACCUCGACCAAGAAGGGCUCCAUUACCUCGGUGCAGGCCAUUUACGUGCCCGCUGAUGACCUGACGGAUCCCGCUCCGGCCACCACGUUCUCCCACUUGGACGCUACCACUGUGCUGUCGCGUCAGAUUUCCGAGCUGGGUAUUUACCCGGCUGUGGACCCUCUUGACUCCAAGUCGCGUAUGCUUGACCCCCGUAUUAUCGGCCAGGAGCACUACGAUGUGGCCCGUGCCACCCAGAAGCUGCUGCAGGACUACAAGGGUCUGCAGGACAUUAUCGCCAUUCUGGGUAUGGAUGAGCUGUCGGAAGACGACAAGCUUACUGUCGCUCGCGCCCGUAAGGUGCAGAAGUUCAUGUCGCAGCCGCUGCACGUGGCAGAGGUGUUCACGGGCAAGGCCGGCAAGUUCGUGCCGCUCACGGACACGAUCUCGUCGUUCAAGGACAUCAUCGCCGGUAACUACGACGACCUUCCGGAGGCUGCCUUCUACAUGGUUGGCGGUAUCGAGGAGGUGAAGGCGAAGGCUGCUGACCUGGCGGCCGAGCUUGACGAAUAA